CAACCCUUUUUAUAGCCUUCCUCAUUCCACCUAUCAAAAACUUCUCAGACUCUCUCUUUCUCUUUCUGUUUCUAUACAUCUAAUCCACCAAACUCUCUCUCUCUCUGUUUCUAUACAUCUAUCAACCAGUUAUUGUUGAUCAUUUUAUUUGUUUGUUAAUAUAUGGGAAAAGGAUGGGGUCUAACUCUGGAUAAUUCUGAUCCACCUGGGUUGUUCUUCAAUAAGCCAGUUGGGUAUAAUUUAACUCCCAAGUUGAAUAACAAGAGAGACAGUAUGUUUUCCGGCAUGGGGUUUCCGGUUAAUCUGAGUCGAAGGGAAGAGCCGGCAGUUUUGUCGCCGGUGGAUGAGGAUCGGGUGGUUGUAGGUGAAGUGGACUUCUUCUCCGAUAAGAAGAGGUCAAAUGAUGAUAUGGUUGUAAAGUUAGAAAACUCACCUCCAAGGACUAAUCAGUAUGAUGUAAAUACUGGCUUGAAUCUUCUUACUGGUAAUACCGGAAGUGAUCAAUCAACGGUGGAUGAUUCAACUUCAUCAGAUAUGGAAUACAAAAGAGCUAAGGAUGAGAUGGUAUUAUUGCAAGUUGAGCUUGAAAGAAUGAAUACCGAAAAUCAGAGGUUGAGAGGGAUGCUUUCUACUGUUAGCAACAAUUACAGUGCACUGCAAAUGCAUCUUGUGACAUUAAUGCAACAGCAGCAGAGCUCAAAAACUGAAACCACACAAGAACUUGAGGUUGUAGGAGUAAGAUCAGAAGAUCAGAGAAACGAGGUUGGAGGACUAAGGGUGCCAAGACAGUUUAUGGAUUUGGGCCCUAGUGCCACAACAGAAGCUAAUGAAUCAUCUCAAUCUUUAUCUGAAGAAAGAACUCUUUCUGGUUCACCUCAAAACAAUCUUGAUUUAUCAAAAAAUAAAAAUCUCAGUGAAGGUAGGGAAGAGAGUCCCGAAUCGCAAGGUUGGGUUCCUAACAAGGUUCCGAAAUUGAGUUCCCCCAAGCCUGUUGAUCAGGCCAUGGAAGCCACAAUGAGGAAAGCCCGCGUCUCUGUUCGAGCUCGAUCAGAAGCUCCUAUGAUCUCUGAUGGAUGCCAAUGGAGAAAAUAUGGACAAAAGAUGGCUAAAGGCAAUCCAUGCCCACGAGCAUAUUAUCGGUGCACCAUGGCCGUUGGUUGUCCAGUGCGCAAGCAGGUUCAAAGGUGCGCUGAGGAUCGGACAAUCCUCAUAACAACUUAUGAAGGAACUCAUAACCAUCCACUCCCUCCGGCUGCAGUGGCGAUGGCAUCAACCACAUCAGCCGCUGCGAAUAUGCUUCUUUCGGGUUCCAUGUCGAGUGCAGAUGGGAUGAUGAACCCGAACAUCCUGGCAAGGGCGAUUUUUCCUUGCUCAUCAAGCAUGGCAACAAUCUCAGCCUCAGCCCCAUUUCCAACAGUCACUUUAGACCUCACUCAAACCCCAAAUCCAUUACAAUUCCAAAGACCACCACCCCAAUUCCAAGUCCCUUUUCCAGGAGCCCCUCAAGUUUUUGGCCAAGCUCUUUAUAAUCAAUCAAAAUUCUCAGGCCUCCAGCUCUCUAAAGACAUGGAUUCUUCCCAAUUACUACCCCACCAAGGUUCAUCUCCACAGUUGCAUCAAACUACACAACAUCCCUCAUUUGCUGAGACUCUCAGUGCUGCCACGGCUGCCAUCACCGCCGAUCCGAACUUCACCGCCGCCCUUGCUGCUGCCAUCACAUCCAUCAUUGGUGGUGCUAAUGCGAACAACAAUAAUAAAGAUACCACAACCACCACCAACACCAACACCAACAUUUCAACCACCAGCAACAAAACAAGUAGUUUUCCAGGGAAUUAACUGAAUAGUAUUCUAGUGUUUUUGUUGUUGCCAUUCUUUUUAUUGCUUGGUGUCAAUACUUCCACCAUCUUUUGUCAAUUUUCUUUAUUGUGGGGGUGAGAGUUGUGGGAGGAGGUACAAGGUUUAGAACAGGAAAUUUCAUUCUUUCUUGUUGUUUCCCGCAGAAUAAUUUUAUCCAAAUUUGUAGUAAAUACUAGCAAACAAAACAAUGCAUCA